UAUAGAGACCUGGUUAAAAGACUACAAAUCCCAUGUUAUAGUAGGAGGAACCUAACGUGCGGCGCACGAGCCCAGCAGCAGCAGCUGGCGCAGCCGAAGAGGCUACUUUGUCAAAGCCGAGCCACCGGAGAGAAAACGGCGGCGCACAUUGUGGCAGGAAAAAAAGUGUGAACUGUUUGGGGAAAACAGGUUGAACCGAAGAGCCUUCGGUGGAAUUUUCUUAUUGGUGGCUGUCUGAUGAGCUCCCCAUCGGACGUGAAGUUUUGUGUUUUCGGCGUCAGAGAGAGGUCUGUUUAAAAGUUGAGCCGCGGAGGAGUUCUCUCAUUCAGGAUGUCGGACUGAGACAAAGAGGGUCUGGGGGGCAUUCCCGACGGAACGCAGGUUAAACUUGAUUGUGGUCGCCUCCCCUGAAUGGGAAGGAUGGAGAGGGAGCUGCAGUGGUGGAAAGGACAGCUGGCUUCAGACAUCCAUCAGUCCUUACGCAACAAGGAGCUGAAGCUGCCUAUCUACCGGGCCCACUCUCCUCAGAUUGGAAUGCGGCGCUACUUUGCAGACUUGCUGGCCAUCUUAAGCAACCGAUACCAGCUGUGUCCCACUGCACGUCACCUGGCCGUCUAUCUGCUCGACCUGUUCAUGGACCAUUAUGAUGUUGCUGUGAAACAGCUCUACAUCAUCGCCCUCUCCUGUUUGCUGCUAGCCAGUAAGUUUGAGGAGAAGGAAGACCGGGUCCCUAAACUAGAGCAGCUGAACUCUCUCGGCUUCAUGUGCAGCCUGAACCUGGUUCUUAACAAGAAGGAUCUGAUCAAAAUGGAGCUCCUGCUGCUGGAGACCUUCGGCUGGAACCUGUGUUUGCCCACACCUGCCCACUUUAUCGACUACUACCUCCAUGCCGCUGUGCAGGAGGGCGACCUCUACAACGGCUGGCCGCUGUCCUCCCUGUCCAAGACUAAGGCUUUUAUGGACAAAUACACUCACUACUUCCUGGAGGUUUCACUGCAGGAUCACGCCUUCCUGAAUUUUAGACCCUCUCAGGUCGCUGCUGCUUGCGUUGCAGCAUCCCGCGUUUGCCUUCAAAUUUCCCCUAGCUGGACAACUGCUCUUCAUCUACUAACAGGGUACUCCUGGGACCACCUGACCCCAUGCAUCGAGCUAAUGCUGCUGGCCCAUGACAACGAUGUGAAGGAGGCCAAUAAAACCAAAUCCACCCCUCCCCACCGGCCUUCCUCUCUGCAGUCACAACCUCCGACUUCUCACCUCUCUCCAAUAUCUGCCAUCCAGAGACCCGCCUCGUCUUCGUCUUCCUCCUCCACCUCCUCCACGCCACAGUUGCUUUUCCAGCCAGACAGCUUCUCGCACCUCUCUCAGCAUUCCCCAUCUCUGUCCCAGCUCCAAGCACUAGCUGACUCUCAGGCUUUGGGCUCAGUGGUAAACAUGUCUCAGGACUUCCUUCAGAGCCACAGGAUGGGGCUCCUAGCUGGGCCCCCAUCCAUCACUGCUGGGGGAGCUUUCCCCUCCUACCCAAGCCUAACCGCUGGUCUUCAGCCUGGGGCCCGUGCUCUGCCUCUUCAGAGCCCCAUAUCUGUGCAGAUGGCCCUCGCUGCAGAGCCACGGCACUGUCUGAGCAUGGCUUACAGCGGGGGCUACCUCGGGGCUCAUCACACGUUCACAGCCGGCUGCUUUGACAGGUGACGCCAGGAGACGGAGAGGGAGCACAAACCCAUACGGGAGUCCCCCAGAAUGCUUCCGUCCCACUUUCCCACCCCGAAAUAUCCAUUUACAGACCUCCUCUCCCUCUCCGUCAGCACAGCAACACCUCCAGCCACCCCAGCUUCCCCGCCGCUCUCCCACAGACGCCUAAAACGUAAGCAGAGGGCCAAAGGCAAGACAGACCCAGUGGAAGUCAUCACGCUGACAUGACGAACGCUCCGCUGCCUCGAGUGGAACCCUGAGGUGCUGCAGAAAUCUUUCCACCAUAUUCUGAACUGGCUUUAUACAUGUGUGUUAUUAUAAGACUGUCAUCACUGUGAAUGAGAUGAAAGCAGCAGUGUGAUCAAACACCCACCUCAUUCAGUGUCUGCUCUCAGUUGUGCAUGAUAGCAGAGCCAAUUUUAGAAGUGCACAGAACACAACGUAUCUGUGGUGAAUGCGUCUUGCUGCUCAAUGUUUUUAUUUUUCUUCUAAUCCCAAAAAUGUAACAUUUUAUAAGAAAUCUGGCUAAUUAUAUUUUUAUGUAAGCUGACAUUUGACUAAAGAUAUCCCGAAGUAAAUGGAGGCAUAAAAUGGUUGUAAAUGCCUUUGAAGAUAUUUUUAUUCCUCUCUCAUAAAUCAGCUAACAUUUGAUGUAAAGAGCUGAAAGGCUUCUCUCAUACUUCCCACCAACAUAAGACCUCAGAGGAGACCAAGAACUUGUUGUUCUGUGCACAGCAGGUGACAUGGAUUGGCUCGAAAAGCCCUGCUGUUUUCACUCUUUCUCAUUCUCUCAUUCUCCCAAAGUUGAGCCUUCACACAUGCAGGUUUAAAUGUGGCUCUCCUGCAAGCUUUCCUCAUACCGAAGUUUUCAUUUCUUUAACACAAAUUGAUGUGACUGGACCAGCCUGGCGAUGAUGAUGAUUAUGUGGAGGUUUGUUGUAUUGUACAUAUGAAAUGCUGCUGCCUUCUUAAGAACUGUUGGUUCUGUCUGUGUUUAUGAUGUUUACAUGAACCACUAUCAGGGACUUUAUCAAGAUUACUUGAAUAUGAUGCCAUUGAAACAUUGUUAUAGCUUUUAUUUAUGACUUUUUUUAUUCUCUUGUUUUGUUUGGUGUAGUUUAGCUUUUUAAAACCAACGUAGAAAUCCAACAUUUAAUAAACGAGUGUAGUUUUCUUUUUCUGUAUGUUCAGGCUCAGGUUUUAAGGCUGAAGCUGCCUUUUUUUAAUCGUCUCUCCUUUUUGGGCUUUAAAGUGGGUGCUACUGUAGCAUCUACCCCCCCACCCCUUUAUCACUGGAUUAUAUUACUUGUUUCUGACUCACUAAAUGCGUUAGCUGCAUAAAGGGAAAGGAAAAAGUUUUGUAGCGUCUGGUUUCACAUUUAAACAUCUGCAGGCAGUCAUCUGUAAUUGCUUCCCAAAUUUGUAAAGCUGCAAUCCUCCAUCUUCCACUUCCUGUUGAAGCGUAAACACAUUCCUAGCUUCCCAGAGUUGAUCUCAAAGGUUGACCACCGGUCACCACGCUGGAACUUCACGUGUUUUAGGGCUCUAUUUGGUCUAAAUUAGGACUUCAGUUGUGAAUUAUUUUCUCAAAGAAUCAUGAAAUAUAAUAUACUGGAAAUUGAACCUAAAUAAUAAUUACCGGUACCUGUAGAAAUAUGAAUUAAAAGAUAGUUAUAGAUAAUUUCAAAACAACUUUUAAAGUUUAAAAAGACAGGAAUGUUCAAUUUUUGAUUCUGUUGUGCUAAUGACAGCUAGCCUUUUCUGUUACUGUACAAACCCUGAGGAAACGGUACCAACUUCAUAGGCAAAUUGAAAUAACUGUAAAAUGUUGACAUAUUGUUGACAAUUAAUGUUAAAUUUGACUUUUCUUGAAGUGAGGCUUCCUGAAUUUCCUACUGAACAUUGUUUCCCCCACAGAUUGUGAAGAUAUGUGUUGUUGAAAUGACCUGAAUUAGCUAAAUCGGCGUCCGUCUUACUAGCUGCUAGCUUUUCACCAGUGUCUUUUUUUAAGUAACAGCACUAUGAUUUAGCAAAUCAACAUGAGCUCUUCCUUCAUAAGAAGCGGAAGUGACUUGAUAAACACUAAACUAAUAAAUCAAUUCAGGUGUGUGUAUAAUACAAAUGGUUAAACAUUCAUUAAAAACAUAAAGUAACAUUUAUUUGGCACAAGGUGAAGCAAUCAGACCCGUUUGUUUCCAUAAACACUUAUUCAGGGUGAAAAGGCAGCAGAUAGAACCACAUUGCAUUUUGUUUUCUGAUCAAAAAGUCAAAAUCCCUUCUCUUACUAAGGGAAUGGUUGCUGAUAACUUCCUAGAAACUCUUUACAUAUCUUAAUUUAUUAUGUCUUCUACUAAUAUGGGUGGAAAAGUAAACAUUUCAAUUAAAAUCCAGCAAAUCUGGAUGCUAAUUGAACUAUUUCAGUUUACUUUGGAGGAUUGCUGAUUGCUUGUUUUGGAGGCUCUAAAAGUUAGGGAAAAAAACAAAGAAUCAAACUAUCUGAAUAUUUAAUGUUUUGGCUUUAAAGGUAAAUACACAGUUUGUUGUAGACACAGCUUUACAUGGAUUUCUGCAAGUUGAAGCUCCUGAAACAUUCAGUAGCUGAAACAACCUGCUUCAGUUGGUGUUUAUUCCAAUUUACUGGAAAGCUAUUUUUUUUCUGUCUUAAAUGAAUUCAACUCUGUUCUUUGUUUUCUUCUUCGUGUACCAUUUUGUUAUAUUUUAUACAUUCCAUAUAUUUGAACUAUGGUUUAAUUUUAUUAUUUCUGCUGUUGAUGUAAACUAGAUUAGUAGUUAGUUUUGUUUGCAACUUGUCAUUGAGGUGUCAAAAGGUGCAAUAAGUUGUCUUUGGGUUUUUGCAGACCACAGCCAUCACUGACUGAUGCGUACCACUGGUUCAACGCUAUUAACUUAUUUUGUUUCUAAUUAAAUGUGUCAUUUAACUUGAUCUCCACUAUAGGGUUCUGAACAGUUAACGUGUUGCAUAUUGCAGCUACAUGCUAAGAGUGAUAAAUAUUACGUAAUACUCUGAGCUUUGACUGUUUAAAUGUUUUUUGUUACCUGUCUUGACCAUGAAAAGUGCUCAAGUCACUCACCUCACAAGACAACGUGUGUUCUUUGUAACAGUGAUGAAAUGACACCACAGACAUUUAUUUUUUUAUUUCUUUAUAACAACUUGUAGUCUUGGUUUAUCUGACACUGAAUGAUGAAACAUUUUUAUUAUUGUGCCACAGUGAAAUAAACCCACAUUUGUGUUGAUUUUUGA